GCGGCGCAUGCGCGGUGCCGGUGCUGGGCCGGGCGCGGGGGCCGCGAUGAAGCAAGUAUUCAGUCUGUAUGAAAAAGCUUGGUCUGGUUCCCUUGUGCAGUUUGCUUGGCAGAAAACUUUAGGAAAUUUCCUUGCUGUAACAGGAGGUGAUCGUGCUGUGAAAAUUUUUGAUCGUCAUGGUCAGAAGAGAAAUGAAAUCAGCCUACCAGGUAACUGUGUUGCUAUGGACUGGGAUAAGGAUGGAGAUACUUUAGCAAUAGUCACAGACAAAUCUAGCGCUAUAUUUCUGUGGGAUGCGAUCACAAACAAAACAAGCCAAGUAGACAGUGGCAUGAGGGAUGCAAUGUCUUUCUUGUUAUGGUCUCGAGUUGGAACUUUACUUGCUGUCGGAACAACAAAAGGAAACUUACUUAUAUAUAACCAUCAGACCUCUCGCAAGAUUUCAGUUCUUGGUAAACACACUAAGAAGAUUACUUGUGGCUGUUGGAGUACUGAAAACCUCCUGGCUCUAGGUGGUGAAGACAAAAUGAUUACUAUAAGCAAUCAGGAAGGGGAUACUAUAAGACAGACCUCAGUGAGCUCAGAUCCCAGUGAUAUGCAGUUCUCAGUUAUGAAGACUGAUGAAAGAAUGUCAACCAGGGAAAGCACAGUAAGUGUAGUGGUUGGCAAGAAGACUCUCUUUCUUUUUAAUUUGAAUGAUCCUGAUAACCCGAUUGAUCUGAAAUUUCAGCAGCCUUAUGGCAGUAUUGUAGCCUACAAAUGGUAUGGUGAUGGCUACAUUAUGAUUGGUUUCUCACGAGGGUGCUUUGUAGUCAUUUCUACACACAUUCGUGAGAUAGGUCAAGAAAUCUUUCAAGCUCACAAUCAUAAGGAUAAUCUAAGCAGCAUUGCUAUAUCCCAGUCAUUAAACAAAGCUGCAUCAUGUGGAGACAAUUGCAUUAAAAUCCAUGAUCUGUCAGAUCUGAGAGAAAUGUAUGCCAUAAUCAACUUGGAUGAUGAAAACAAAGGUGUAGAUCAGCUGGCUUGGACAGAUGAUGGACAGUUGUUGGCAGUAUCUACACGGAGAGGAUCCCUUCAUGUUUUCUUGACAAAGCUUCCAAUCCUUGGAGAUGCUUGCAGUACACGGAUUGCAUACCUUACUUCUCUUCUAGAAGUUACCGUAGCCAAUCAUGUGGAGAGAGAGCUACCAGUCACAGUCUCUGUUGAAGUAGAGCCCAGUUUUGUUGCUAUUGGUGUUUAUCAUCUGGCUGUAGGAAUGAACAAUCGGGCUUGGUUUUAUGCACUUGGAGAGAAUAAUGUAAAAAAGCUUAAAGAUGUGGAGUACCUGGGGACUGUAGCAAGUAUGCACCUUAAUUCUGAUUAUGCUGCUGCUCUCUUUGAGGGUAAAGUCCAGUUGCAUAUGAUAGAAAGUGAAGAUUUGGGUGCUCAGGAAGAACGAGAAACACGACUUUUCCCAGCAGAUGAUGAUAAAUACCGAAUUUUGUGCCAUGCUUUAACUAGUGACUUCCUCCUAUAUGGUACAGAUGUAAAUGAUAGAGUAUAUGAGAUUCCAGAUUUCUCACCAACUAUUAAAGGAAUCCUGUGGGAAAACUGGCCAAUGGAUACAGGUGUUUUUGUUGCUUUUGAUGACGAUAAAGUGUACACUUACGUUUUUCAUAAGGAUGCCAUUCAAGGAUCAAAGAUUAUUUUGGCAGGUGGCACGGAAGUCCCCUAUUCCCAUAAACCUUUGUUGUUAUAUAAUGGAGAAAUAACUUGUCAGACUCAGAGUGGGAAAACAAACAAUAUCUAUCUAAGUACUCACUGUUUCCUUGGCAAUUUGAAAGACUCUGGACCUAGUAAGCUGAGACAAAUGCUUACUCAGGCUCUAAUGCUGAAAAGGUUUUCUGAAGCAUGGGAGCUGUGCAGACUUCUGAAUGACCAAUCUUGUUGGAAUGAGCUGGCCGAAGCUUGCUUACAUCAUAUGGAGGUGGAUUUUGCAAUACGUGUUUAUCGGACAUCUGGUAAUGCUGGGAUGGUGAUGUCACUAGAGCAAAUAAAGGGAAUAGAAGACCACAACCUUUUAGCAGGACAUCUUGCAAUGUUUACUGGUGAUUUUAAUCUGGCUCAGGAUUUAUAUCUGGCAUCCUCCUGUCCUAUUGCUGCUCUUGAGAUGCGAAAAGACUUGCAGCACUGGGACAGUGCACUUCAGCUGGCUAAGCGUUUGGCCCCAGACCAAAUCCCUUUCAUAUCAAAGGAAUAUGCAAUGCAGCUUGAAUUCAUGGGUGAUUACGUUAAUGCUCUGGCACAUUAUGAGAAGGGGAUCACUGGAAACAAUAAGUACCAGGAACAUGAUGAAGCUUGCCGUGCUGGAGUGGCUCAAAUGUCCAUUCGAAUGGGAGACAUCCGUCGAGGGGUAAACCAGGCCACUAAACAUCCCAGCAGGUCACUAAAAAGAGACUGUGGAGCUAUCCUGGAGAAUAUGAAGCAAUUUUCAGAAGCUGCUCAGCUGUAUGAAAAGGGACAAUAUUAUGACAAGGCAGCAUCAGUAUACAUCCGGUGUAAAAACUGGGCAAAGGUUGGUGAACUUCUUCCUCAGGUUUCAUCUCCAAAGAUUCACCUACAAUAUGCAAAGGCCAAAGAAGCAGAUGGCAGGUACAAGGAAGCUGUGAUAGCUUAUGAACAUGCAAAACAGUGGGAUAAUGUAAUUCGACUAUAUUUGGAUCACCUUAAUAAUCCUGAAAAGGCUGUUAAUAUUGUGAGGGAAACACAGUCUCUUGAAGGAGCAAAGAUGGUGGCCAGAUUCUUUCUGCAGCUUGGUGACUAUGGUUCUGCCAUCCAGUUCCUGGUCAUGUCCAAGUGUAAUAAUGAAGCUUUCACAUUAGCUCAACAACACAACAAAAUGGAGAUUUAUGCCGAUAUCAUCAGUUCUGAAAGUACUAGCAAUGAAGAUUAUCAGAGCAUUGCACUAUAUUUUGAAGCAGAAAAGAAACAUUUUCAGGCAGGAAAAUUUUUCUUGCUGUGUGGUCAAUAUGGACGGGCAUUAAGGCACUUUAUGAAAAGUCCAAACACAGAAGAUAACUUGGCUAUAGAAAUGGCAAUUGAAACAGUAGGACGGGCAAAAGAUGAAGCCCUAACAAAUCAGCUGAUUGACUAUCUUAUGGGAGAGAGUGAUGGCAUGCCCCAGGAUGCCAAGUACCUGUUCCGCUUAUACAUGGCACUGAAGCAGUACCGAGAAGCUGCCAGAACUGCUAUAAUAAUUGCCAGGGAGGAGCAGUGUUCAGGAAACUACCGAAAUGCACGUGAUGUUCUUUUCAGUAUGUAUUCAGAGUUAAAGACCCAGAAGAUUAAAAUUUCUUCUGAAAUGGCUACAAACCUUAUGAUUCUACACAGCUAUAUUUUAGUAAAGAUUCACGUGAAACGUGGUGAUCACAUGAAGGGAGCACGUAUGCUUAUUCGUGUCGCCAACAACAUCAGCAAGUUCCCAUCACACAUUGUGCCAAUUUUGACUUCAGCUGUAAUUGAGUGUCACAGAGCAGGAUUGAAGAACUCAGCCUUCAGUUUUGCUGCUAUGUUGAUGAGACCUGAGUAUAGGAAUAAAAUAGAUCCUAAAUACAAAAAAAAAAUUGAAACAAUGGUCAGACACCGAGACACAACUGAGACAGAAGAGCCAACAACAGCCUGUCCCUACUGUGCAUUCCAGCUCCCGGAGUGUGAACUUUUGUGUCCUAGCUGUAAAAACAACCUCCCGUACUGCAUUGCAACCGGUCGACACAUGGUACGUGAUGACUGGACAGUUUGCCCACACUGUGACUUUCCUGCCCUCUAUUCAGAAUUCAAAAACAUGUUACAGACUGAAAACGUGUGUCCCAUGUGUUCUGAAAGGAUUAACAUUGUUGAUCUUAAGAAAAUAAAUGAUUGCACAGCAUACCUCAAACCAGAAGAAGGGGACCAAUAAAUUCAGGUAUGUGCUAGUCUAUAGUUUUUACUGAACAGGGCUCAUUCUAGAGGACACUGCGAGUUUCUCUCAGCAAGGAAUUGUGUUCAAGAAUCUUAACUUACAGCCCCAGAUAACUGAGGCCCAGCUCUGUCUCCCAUAUUUGCCCUCAGGCAUGUAAACACCAGUAGGCUUUGCUACUGCAACUGACCUGGUUGUUAAUUUGGGCUUUAACUCCAUUUACUUCUAUGAGCACUUUAACAUCUGCAAGAUGUUCUGGUUUGGAGCACCAGCUCUGCUUUAGUAGCACAGAGAACAGUUUGAAGAUCUCAACAUUAUCCAGCCUCCUACAGAUCCUCCAACAAGGGUUUAAGUGCAGGGGGAGAGAGAGGGAGGUGUGAACUGGAAGGAGCAGAUAUAAAAUGCAGGUUACAUGGUCUGAUCUUGUAUAUUUAACAGAAUAUAUCCCAGGAUAACAGCAACAAGUAUUGGCUUGAAAUACUCAUAUUUCAAAGAAUGAGAGCACUGCUCUGUCUGUACCACACACUUAGAUCCAAGACUUUGGUUUUCUUAAAGAAAUGGUUAACUGAAAAUGAGUUAACAAAGUUCCUUGUUAAUUUUGACAUUUAAAGGCAGAUUUACUACUGCAACCACUUUACAUAAAAACUCAGCCAUAGGUCAGAGUAAUCCACUUGUGCUAAGUUAUAUAUACCACAAUAAACUUCUUUUUGGGAGGUUUUAGGUGGUUUGGGUUUUUUCCUUGAUCUGAGAAAAGUUUGUAGUCUGCCAUCAUGGUGUCUGUAUCUCAAGAUAUGACUAACAACCUCUCUUUAUUUUUAGAACUGCUUGUGUUGGCUGGCAAACAGCAAGGAAAGCUCUAUCACAAGUUUUCCCCACAAUGGUGUAAUAACAACCAUGCCACUUCUAUUUUGUGAUAUCUGUAAAUAUUUAGCUUUUUAUAAAUUUUGUACUUUGUUUUAUUGUAGUAAUAAAACUGAUUGAUAAUUC